CGGCCCGUCAAGUCGUAGCACGGUCCUGCCUCGUUUCUCUACAGUCCUACCGAGCCAUCGAAAGACUACCGCGGAAGGGGCUGAGCACAACAUCCAACCGCAGCCAUGAACGGUACAGAGGGACCGGCAUUCUACGUGCCUAUGUCCAACGCCACCGGCGUUGUUAGGAGCCCGUACGAUUAUCCCCAGUACUACCUGGUGGCACCAUGGGCGUACGGCUGCCUGGCCGCGUACAUGUUCUUCCUCAUUAUCACCGGCUUCCCUGUCAACUUCCUCACUCUGUACGUCACCAUCGAGCACAAGAAGCUGCGUACACCUCUCAACUACAUCCUGCUGAACCUCGCCAUCGCUGACCUUUUCAUGGUGUUCGGUGGUUUCACCACAACGAUGUACACCUCGUUACAUGGCUACUUCGUCUUUGGGCGCGUUGGCUGCAACCUGGAAGGCUUCUUUGCUACCCUGGGCGGUGAAAUGGGGCUUUGGUCCCUGGUCGUGCUGGCCUUCGAGAGGUGGAUGGUCGUCUGCAAGCCCGUGAGCAACUUCCGCUUCGGGGAGAACCACGCCAUCAUGGGCGUCGUCUUCACCUGGAUCAUGGCCUGCUCCUGCGCCGUGCCUCCCCUGGUCGGCUGGUCCCGCUACAUUCCCGAGGGCAUGCAGUGCUCGUGCGGAGUCGACUAUUACACCCGUGCCCCCGGCUACAACAACGAGUCCUUCGUCAUCUAUAUGUUCAUCGUGCACUUCAUAAUUCCAUUCAUCGUCAUCUUCUUCUGCUACGGUCGUCUCGUGUGCACCGUCAAAGAAGCCGCCGCCCAGCAGCAGGAGUCCGAGACCACCCAGAGGGCUGAGCGUGAGGUCACCCGCAUGUGCGUCAUCAUGGUCAUCGCCUUCUUGAUUUGCUGGAUCCCCUAUGCCAGCGUGGCCUGGUAUAUCUUCACCCACCAGGGGAGCGAAUUUGGGCCCGUCUUCAUGACACUGCCAGCCUUCUUUGCCAAGACCGCUGCCGUCUACAACCCAUGCAUCUACAUCUGCAUGAACAAGCAGUUCCGUCACUGCAUGAUCACCACCCUGUGCUGCGGCAAGAACCCCUUCGAGGAGGAAGAGGGCGCCUCCACCACUGCAUCCAAGACCGAGGCUUCAUCCGUGUCCUCCGUGUCCCCUGCGUAAGCACACGUCCGAGACACAUGACGAGCAGCGACGUGCACUGGGCUUCGACGGCAACCGACGACACAGACACCACAAAAAGUGUUCGGCCCAGAGAAACGAGCGACCGCUACCACUUGCAGAAAAAAAAAUGUCUGUCAGUUUUCCUUUUUGUAUUUUUACAAAACCCAAUUGGUUCAACCAAAAGACAGUUUUGAGAGAGGACAGACCAUGUCCCAGUUUCAGUACAUCCAGCGAGUCCAGCGUAAUGGUGCAUAAGAUUCUUUUUGUUUUUUCCUCCUAAAAUGCAGCAAAAGGAAAAAUAUCUUAACUCUCUUACUGUUGGACUCCUUAUACUGGCUUUGUUGUGAUUGUAGAGGCAUGUAUUCAAGGCAACGUAACAAUAAAAAGCACUUUGCAAAUUAAA